AUAAUGAAUUUUGACACCGUGUAGAAUCAACAAGUGUCGCUAAAAAUGUCAGGUUCUGCACUGUGCAUUCAGUUGGGGAAAUAUUGCUAGAAAACCCACCCUAGCCUGUACAACAUGUCCAAUAACAGUGAGUCCAUAAAGGUAGUGGUCCGUUGUCGUCCUAUGAAUGAGAAGGAACGGGCGGCCGCAUUUGAGAGUGUGGUCUCUGUGGAUGUCAAGUUGGGGCAAAUAAUUGUCAGGAACCCUCGGGAUUCUUCGACCUGCAAACACUCCAAAGUUUUCACAUUUGAUUCGGUCUACGACUGGAACUCAAAGCAAAUAGAUCUAUAUGAUGAAAGCUUUAGGCCCCUCGUGGAUUCCGUUCUUCAAGGAUUCAAUGGGACCAUCUUUGCAUAUGGACAAACCGGCACGGGGAAAACAUACACCAUGGAGGGUGUACGGAACAACUCCGAGAGGAGAGGAGUUAUCCCCAACUCUUUUGACCACAUCUUCACUCACAUCUCGAGGUCUCAGAAUCAGCAGUACUUGGUGCGAGCGUCAUAUCUGGAAAUUUAUCAAGAAGAAAUGAGAGAUUUACUCUCCAAGGACCAAUCGCGUCAUCUAGAGCUGAGAGAGAGGCCGGACAUAGGUGUUUACGUAAAAAAUCUGUCGUCGUUUGUCACUCGCAGUCGAGAGGAGAUUGAGAAUGUUAUGAAUGUCGGAAAUCAGAAUCGUUCUGUGGGCGCCACCAACAUGAACGAACACAGCUCUCGCUCUCACGCCAUCUUUGUGAUUACCGUGGAAUGCAGCCAACUGGGGGUGGACGGCGACAACCACAUUCGAGUUGGCAAACUCAACCUGGUGGAUCUAGCCGGUAGCGAACGGCAGACCAAGACAGGAGCUCAGGGGGAGAGGCUGAAGGAAGCUACCAAGAUCAAUCUGUCACUUUCGGCUUUGGGGAACGUCAUAUCCGCUCUGGUGGACGGCAGGAGCAGUCACAUCCCUUACAGAGAUUCCAAACUGACACGCCUCUUACAGGACUCUCUCGGGGGCAACGCCCGCACUGUCAUGGUGGCCAACAUCGGCCCGGCGUCCUACAACGUCGAAGAGACUUUAACCACGCUGCAGUAUUCCAACCGAGCAAAGAACAUCCAGAAUACGCCAUGCGUCAACGAGGACCCCAAGGAUGCCCAGCUUCGGAAGUUUCAGGAGGAGAUUGCGAGGCUGAAGGAACAGCUGGAGAAGCGUACAGGAAAGAAAAUCAGGAGGCAAAGGAGGAGAGCGGGGGACUGUAGCAACGAUGAAGAGAGCGGCGUCGAGGAUGAGGACGACAAUGUCGAUUAUUGGAGGGAGCAGACGGAGGAAUUGGAGAGAGAGAGGAAAGCGAUCAUGGAGGACCACAGCCUGUUGGCAGAAGAAAAAUCACAACUCCUCCUCGAGAAGGAGAGGAAAAUGAAAGACCUGAAGAAGGAGCAGAAAGAGGGAGAGCUGCUCGCGGCCAAGAUUAAGACCAUGGAGAGUAAACUUCUGGUCGGAGGCAAGGACAUUGUGGAUCAUACCAACGAGCAGCAGAAGAUGCUGGAGCAGAAAAGGCAAGAAAUAGCAGAGCAGAAAUCGAGGGAGCAAGAGAUGCGACAACAGAUGGAAUGUCGCGACGAAGAGACUCUGGAGCUCAAGGAGACCUACAGUUCACUGCAGCAGGAAGUCGAUAUCAAAACCAAGAAAGUGAAGAAGUUGUUUGCCAAACUGGAGGCAGUCAAGGCAGAAAUUCAUGACAUUCAGGAAGCACACAUCAGUUCACGCCAGGAACUGGAACAGACCCAGAACGAACUCACCAAGGAUCUUAAACUCAAGACGCUGCUGAUUGAAAACUUCAUUCCGUCGGAGGACAAGAAGAAAGUGGUGAACAGAGCCUACUUUGUGGAGGACGGCGAGCGCUGGAAGAUGAGAGCCAUCACUCGUGUUGAGGACGAUCGUCAGAUGCUGAGCAGGCCUCAGUCAGCUGUUGGAUUCAGACGGCCUCUCAGUCACCACGCGCUCAUGGCCAUGAUGAUUAGUCUUGACAUGAGGUACAAGGCAGAAAACCUGCUCCUCCUGGACAUGGACCUUCCGUCUCGGACCACCAAAAACUACCAGCAGCCCGUCAUCGCUCCGAAGGUUGUGGCAGCCCUGAAGGACGCCCUGAAGGACGAGGAGGACCUGGAGGUGGACGCGUCAGAGUGCAAUGCUGACUUUGAACCACUCAGCAGUGCCGGGGGCGGUCUGAGGAGACACAAGUCCGGUCGCUCAAGAACAGACAAGCAGUCCCACGGCGCUUCAUGCAGCCUUCAAAAUCUGACAUCCCCAAUUUACCCACAAUCCCGCGGGCUGGUGCCCAAGUGAAAGGCGUCUACCUCAAGUAUGAGAAACAUUUUUCAUGGACCAGAUGCUUUUCUUCCAGAACAUUCUUGGUGAAUGUCUUGUGUGCCAGGUGACAUUGUUUCAUGCUCCAACUCCCAGGGGUGUCCAAAGUGCGGCACAGGGGCCAUUUGCCGCCCGCAGCUCAUUUUUUUAACGGCACCGCGGUACAAUCUAAAAAAAACACUAUUGCAAAUCAAAACAUAACAAGUGGAAUAAAACAGCAAACAGGUGAAAUGUAACAAGAAAAUGUUGCAAUUUUGACUUUAAUAACACAAAGAUGCCAUGCAGACUGUUUUUGUUGUUGUUGUU